UUCCGUUCUCUCGUUGCAAUUCAACAUCAGAUGCGGUUUUGGCAGCUUUCUCACGCAGGUUUGUGUAAAGUUUUAUCAUUUGGAUUAAGUGCACUUCGUCAACAACGACAAUAUUUUUUCAGACUCUGAACAUUUUUGAAACAGCAACAGAAUGUGUACCUUCAAGAACAUCCUUUUUCUUGUUCUUCAUAUACUUGGGGAAUCCGCUGACUUGUAUCGGAAAGCUGGGACGGACCUUACCAUACAGUGUAAAGGUACAUCACCGAAAGAUGAUGUUGAAUGGAAAUUCAAAGAUAAUCGCAUCGCUAGAAUUUAUAAUGGACGUAAAUUAAGAGGUUCUAUAUAUCCAUCCGGAUCAAAUAAAUAUCAUCCAGAUACAGACUCUUUGAGGAUAACACGACUUGAGUCUAGUGACUCGGGGCGUUACUUCUGCUCACAUGGAAGUGAAUACAAUGUGCAUGUUGUGUCAGCCUUUGUUCAACCAGGCACAGUGCUUCCCCAAUCUAGUGAUGCAGAGUUGCACUGUAAUGUUGAAGGAGAUCCCAAAGCAGACGUUACGUGGCUGAGACCUUCUGAUGGUCAAGAAUAUCAUGAAAGAAAGCAAAAAGUUCACCUGAAAUCUUUGACUUUGAAAGAGAACGGCCAGUGGACAUGUCAGGUUCAGGGCUUGCAAAUAAAUAUCACAUUAACUGUUGUAGGUCUCCAGACCACAGAAGCUGUUGAAGUGACUGUAGGGCGCAACGUAGUUCUGCCCUGUUCUCUCCCUCAAAUAACAUCUCGGCGUGUAGUGGGUGGGAAAUGGGAGGCUGACCAUCUUCCUGAAGUGUCAUCUGCAACUCUAGAUAACACACAAAAGACCUUACAAUGGAAUGGUCAGAACACUUCAAAAGUUAUAUUUACAAAUGGACCACUCAGCAUCAACUAUGAUAUCAAGCUGACAAAAGUACAGUCUAGAGAUGCAGGUAGAUUUGUGUGUACUGUGGAGUUUGAUGGUGGAACGAAGCUGACAGCCAACACAACGUUGACAGUUGUGACCGGCACUUCAGGUAAUAAAGGGUCCAGCAGUAUGAAUGGGCCAACACUAAAAUGGAAGGGACCUUUGACCAAAGAUGUGCUUGGUCUACAGUUGUGGAUUUGGAUUGCAGUUGGAGCAAGCAGUAUGCUUCUGGUUGUAGUUAUUAUAGCGAUUGUACUUGUCCAAGGACGGAACAAACGUAUGAAGAAGCGAGUGAGACAACUGAGAUCAAUGAGGCAACCUCUUACAGCCGUAGACUACUGCCAUUGUGACAGAUCUGAGAGAGAGGAGGAAUUGGUAAAGCAGGUGAGGCCAGGUCCCGUCCCCAGACAUCAGCGUAACAUAAACAAAACAAAACCAUAUAACUGAGAGACAUAUUCAUUUGUGUGUGGAAGACUAAGGUCAUUCUGGGCCAGUGCUUUUAUAUGUGCUUACUGACUGAGAUUGUGAAAUAAAACGAAUCAUUGACAUAAUAAGACGUUUGAUUGUGACUGUACCUUUCAAAUUAGAUUUUUUAAAAUGUUUUGUUAUCAUGUUUAGUUUGUAAUUUUGCUGAAUAUUAAAUGUAAAUGUUUCUGUAUGUGGCAUGACAUAAUGUUGAAUGUUGCAGUUUUUGUUCACACAAUAAAUCGUUUAAUACAUUCCUAA